ACAAGCCUCGCCUCCCUCGCUCCAUCACUUGCCCUCCCCCGUUUUGUGUUACACUCUCCCUCUCUGACAAGUGCUUGUCCCCUGACAGACCCUGAUGUCACAGGGACACGAGGGUCCCCGCAGUGCUUCAUUCAGCAAAAUGGCUCUCGGAUUAGAAAGUUAAGAGGGGGAGGCGGCCUCAGGCAUCAGGUGUGCCUGCAGCGGUGCUGUGAAACUGGAGAAGCCAGGGGAGAUCUCUUAUCUGCGGACAUGUGAUGAGUCUAGCAUGAGAUGCCUUUCGUCUGUAUGUGUGUCAAGAUCAGAUGCAAGAGCCACCCCAGGAGCUAGAUCAACUUGUUUUAGUCAAGUGGAAUACAAAAGCAAAAGCUUCGCCGACGGGCAAGCAUCACUUCCUUCCAAGUUGGAUUUAUAAUGUAUGAAGGUAACUCGUGAAAUUUCUGGAUCAUGGCAUUAAAGCACGGAAGGCACUGGAAGUCCAUGUGCAAACGUCUGGGUUUGGGUGUCCUACUGACCAGCAGUAUUAUCUUCCUUUACUGCUUGUCCAUGCCCCAGCUGAGCAUGCCUGACAUUCCAGUUCCUUACUCCUGCGCCCACCGGCCGUCCCGGCCGACAACCAGGCCAAAUAGCAACAGCUCACAUAAAAAGACAAGAGGGAUGUGCACUCCCAAAGUAGACAUCAUGUUCAUGAAGACCCACAAGUCGGCAAGCAGCACCUUCCUCAACAUCCUUUUCCGCUUUGGAGAGAAACAUCAACUCAAAUUUGCUUUUCCGGACAGCAGGAAUGACUUUUCCUACCCUGCCUUUUUCCAGCGUUCCCACGUUAAAGACUACAAACCCGGAAUGUGCUUCAAUAUAAUCUGUAAUCACAUGCGUUUCAAUGCGGCCGAAGUGGCCAAGCUGCUUCCUCUCGAUACGGCUUACGUCACCAUCCUCAGAGACCCGGCGGAUCUUUUUGAAUCCUCCUUCCACUACUAUGGUCGGGUUGUACCUUUCACCUGGAAGAUAGCAGGAGACGACAAGAUGGCGGAGUUUCUUCGUGAUCCUCACUACUACUUCGACCCGGAAGGUUUCAAUGCAUUCUACCUCAGGAACUUGCUUUUCUUUGACUUUGGAGAAGACAACACGCUGGAGCUGGACGAUCCGCGGGUGGACCAGGGAAUCCAAAACAUCACAGAACGUUUUCAGCUGUUCUUGCUAGCAGAGCAUUUUGAGGAAUCUCUCAUCCUGCUGAAGGAUGCUCUCUGUUGGGAGAUGGAUGAUCUCAUCUUCUUCAAGCUUAAUGCCCGCAAGGGGUCAACCGUAUCUAAACUGACACCAGAACUGAGGGCCAGGGCCCUCGAGUGGAAUGCUCUUGACUGGAAACUGUACCAGCACGUGAACUGCACCUUCUGGAGGAAAGUGGACGCGUACGGGCGACAGCGCAUGGCGGAGGACGUAGCGGAGCUCAAAAGGAGGAACGCGGAGAUGACGGCCACCUGCAUCGAAGGGGGUCACGCCGUCGAUGCCGGCAGCAUCCGAGAGAGCGUCAUGCAGCCUUGGCAGCCCAUUGGGGAGAAGUCCAUAAUGGGAUACAAUUUGAAGAAGAACAUUGAUAAGGCCCACUUGAAGUUGUGCCGUAAGAUGUUAAUGCCAGAGAUUCAAUACUUGAGCGAGUUUGGCGUCAACCUAUGGAUCACCAAGUUGUGGGGCCAUGUUAGAGACGUUAUUAACUGGUGACGAGAAGCGUCCUAGUUAGCAAGAGGAAAAUACAGUGCUGUAAAUGUGACUGAUAGAUUUGCAGUUCUGUGACAUUUCAAUGAUCCUAACCGUAUUUGGAUUUUGAUAAGCACUUGAGAGAACUAUUUCACAAUCUUUAAAGGGGAAUUUGACAUAAGGCUUAAUCUUCGAGUGUGGAGUUGUUUUCAACUGAAGGAAUUCGGC